GCACCUGCUUGUAAUAAACAAGAGAAGAAGAAAAGAGGCCGUGUAGAGUUAUGUUGUUGUACAGUAACACGCUGUGGAUAAAACCCUCACACACUCGUUAGUACUGUAGCACUGUGUGUAGUGUCUUAUGACUGCUCUAUGUCGUGUUAUUGCGUUAUAAAGAGCUGUACUUCAGGAUGCAGCGUUAUGGUCCCACGUUUGUUCAUUAUGGGAUGGUUACCAUGGAGACGGUCAUCAUGGACCGGGCCAUUCAUCAGGUCCAAAUCAGUCCCCAGUCUGUGUCCCUGUGAUCAGACACGUAGGAGUAUAAAGUGGGGUUUGUCCAGCAGGAGCAAAAGCCACAACUCUGGUCAUGAUGAAGGGGGUGAGGAUGAGGAGGAUUUUAUUAAGGAUGAAGAGGUGGAGGAGCUUUUUCAGCAGCAGAGACCUGCAGGAUUUGGUGAAGAGGAUCAUCAAGUGUUCAUCGUUCAUCCUGAUGUCAAAUGGGGGCAAAAGAAACAACACCUGACCACAGCUGAGCUGCAGAUGAAGGAGGCUGUCGGUCUGGUCAGAACCUUACAGAACUGGAGCGUCGUGGAUAAAAUCAUCCUGUCCACCAAAACCCCGGAGAAGAAACUGAUCUUUGGCAAAGGGAAUUUUCAGAUGCUCUCAGAGAAAAUCAGAAGAACCGCCGGCGUCUCUGCCGUGUUCGUGAACGUCGAGCGUCUGUCGCCGGUGUCGGAGAGAGAGCUGCAGGAGGCCUGGGGGGUGAAGGUCUUCGACAGAUACUCGCUGGUUCUGCAUAUUUUUCGCCGUAACGCCAGAACCAAAGAGGCCAAACUGCAGAUCUCACUGGCGGAGAUUCCUCUGCUCAGGUCACGACUGAGGAACGAAGUUGCAAACUUGGAUCAGCAAGGAGGAGGUUCGAGGUACAUCAUGGGCUCGGGUGAAACUCUGUACGAGGUGCAGCAGAGGCUGUUGAAGGAGCGAGAGCUGAAGAUUUGUUCUGCGCUCGAGAGACUGAGGAAGAAGAGACAGAUGCUCCGAUCUCAGCGCAAACACAAAGACUUCCCCAUCGUCUCCAUCAUGGGCUACACCAACUGCGGUAAGACCACGCUAAUCAAAGCUCUGACGGGUGACGUUGCUCUCCAGCCCAAAGAUCAGCUCUUCGCCACUCUGGACGUGACGGUCCACGAAGGUCGGCUGCCCAGUCGCAUGAGCGUGCUGUACGUGGACACCAUCGGCUUUCUCUCUCAGCUGCCUCACCGACUCAUCGACUCGUUCUCAGCCACGCUGGAGGACGUGGCUCAUUCUGAUCUCAUUGUUCACGUGAGGGACAUCAGUCAUCCGGAGACCGUGAAUCAAAAAGUAAACGUGCUUAACGUGUUAAAGAACCUUCAGAUCCCUGAAAGGCUCAUGAGCUCCAUCAUCGAGGUGCACAACAAGAUCGACCUCCUUGAAGGCUACGAGUCACCUGAUCCUGAGGCUGUGGCGAUCUCGGCGCUGAACGAGCUGGGACUGGACCAGUUAAAGCACAGAACUGAAGAAUCCAUCAUGAAGUCCACUGGGAAACAAACCAGGAUUCUGAAAGUGGACCUCAAAAGCCCUCAGUUAGGGUGGCUGUAUAAGGAAGCUACGGUACAGGAAGUGCACGACGGAGAUGACGACUGUACCGCCAACGUCAAGGUUGUGAUCAGUGCCGCAGCAUACGGACGCUACAAGAAGCUGUUCCCGGUCACGUAGCGACACACGGUUACUGACUGUAAACAUACCUGAGUAAAUAUUUAUACAUGAAAGCAUUUUAAAACACUUCACACAGUGUUAAAUAUAUUGUAUAAAAAUAAAGGAAAUAAAAUUGUACAAAAUUGCA